GAUGGUAAGGAGAGUCUCUCCUCCCACGAAAAAAGAGGAAUGAAAUAUUUCAUUGAUUCUCUCUCCAUUAAUAUACGCUCACGCCGAAAGCUAUACCCGGCUACGGCACACUUCAAAAGCUUGAGAGAAUUCUCUGUGCCUUUCGUAGCUACCAAUACCGUCGAUCAAUAUUCGAAGAUUUCAGAAACUAUGCGCCGUGAAUUGCAGCUUCGCCGGAGAUUUUUGGAUCGGCGGCGGUGGACUCUGCAGGACAUGAUAAUCUCUCUUCUCCUCUUAUUUCCUGCGGCUGAUCAGUGUUCGUCUCACCGGAGAUCCUUUUUCUCUGAAACCGCAGUAGAAUUUUGGUGGAAGCAGGCGUACGGUUAGACGUACAGGGAAAAGAGGCAGUGAUGAGCAAUGGGGUCGUUAGUGUUACGCUCUCUGUUCCAGAUGGGCUUGUCACAGGGAUAUCUUACCGAGGGAUUGGCAAUUUACUUGAAACUGGAAACCCCGAAAACGACAGAGGGUAUUGGGAUGCCAUCUGGCUCGGCCCAGGAAUCAAUGGAGAACAGGACAGAUUGGAAGGCACGAGUUUUGAAAUCGUAGCCAAUAAUGAGAACGGAGUGGAGAUUUCAUUUGCCAGAAGAUGGGAUUCUGCUUCCCGAAAUGGUGGAGCUCCAGUUAAUAUUGACAGAAGAUUUGUGAUGCUGAGAGAAUCGCCUGGUUUCUACAUAUACACCAUACUUGAGCGUUUAGAGGGAUUUCCAGGCGUGCGUAUGGAAGAAAACAGGGUUGUAUUCAAACCUCGAGGAGACAUGUUCCAUUACAUGGCUGUCUCAGAUGAUAGGCGGAGGUUCAUGCCGACCCCUCAGGAUCGGCAGACCGGCCAAAAGCUUGAUUACCCGGAGGCAGUUCUCUUGACACGCCCGAGCAUGCCAGGUCUUAGAGGAGAGGUAGAUGAUAAGUAUUUUUACUCUAGUGAGAGUAAAGACAUCAAAGUACAUGGGUGGGUAUGCACCAAUCCCCCUGUAGGAUUUUGGAUGAUCACUGCAAGCAAUGAGUUUCGCACUGGUGGGCCUCUCAAGCAAGAGCUAACAUCCCAUGUGGGCCCUACCAUGAUUACUACUUUUGUUAGUAGGCAUUAUGCUGGGGAAGAUCUAGAUGUUAAAUUUGAAGAUGGAGAAGCAUGGAAAAAGGUUUUAGGCCCUGUAUUUUUGUAUCUCAAUUCAGACCCUACUGCUGAGAGUGAUCCCUCUGUGCUCUGGAAUGACGCAAAAGAAAGGAUGAAUCAAGAAGUUGAAAGCUGGCCAUACGAUUUCGUGCAUUCAGUAGACUACAUGAAAUCAGAUCAAAGAGGGAUUGUUAAGGGUAGAUUAUUUGUUCAUGACUGGUUUAUUGAUGAACAACCGGUUCCAGCCUCUCACGCAUAUGUGGGGUUGGCAGUGCAAGGUUCCCCGGGAUCUUGGCAAAGAGAAAACAAGGGGUAUCAAUUCUGGACCCAAGCUGACAAUGAUGGGAACUUCUUCAUCAAAAGUGUAACAGCAGGUACUUACAAUCUGUAUGCAACAGUCCCGGGAAGGAUUGGGGACUACAAAUACGAAUUCGACAUUAGCAUUCAACCAGGUUCUGGUGUGGGAUUAGGCAGUUUAGUGUAUAAACCUCCUAGAAAUGGAGCUACCCUUUGGGAAAUAGGUGUUGCUGACCGCACGGCAGCUGAGUUCUAUGUCCCAAGUCCUAGCCCCACGUACAAAGUUAAUGAUUUUGAAGAUGAAAUGCAAAACAAGUUUAGAGAAUAUGGCUUGUGGAAGAGAUAUACAGAAAUAUAUCCUCUUAGAGAUCUUGUAUACACUAUUGGAAUUAGUGAUUACACUAAAGACUGGUUUUUUGCUCAUGUCACCAGGGAAUUGGGAAAUGGAACAUAUGGAGCAACCACAUGGAGAAUUGUAUUCGAGCUACAAAGUGUAAAUACAGCAUCAUAUUACACACUCCAAUUGGCACUGGCAUCCGCUGAACAAGCAGAAUUACAAGUGCGUGUCAACAAUGAAGGAGCGCAACCCCCUCAUUUCACAACUGGCGUUAUAGGAGGCGAUAAUGCCAUAGCGAGACAUGGGAUUCAUGGGUUGUAUUGGUUGUUUGGCGUUAGAAUAGAAGGAGCAUGGCUUGUUCAAGGGAGAAACAUCAUCUUUCUAACACAGGCAGGAGCCUCCAGCCCUUGGAGAGGUGUCAUGUAUGACUAUAUUAGGUUAGAAGGCCCUGAUGAGUUUAGGAAUACAUCAUAUAAUAAUUGUAAUUCUAUUUCUUCGUCUUUUUUUCUAUAUUUUUUUCUCUUCAUUUUAUUUUAUAUGUGGGAAAUGUCUCGCUUUCGUACAUUGUAGUAGUCCUCAUAAAUGAGAAAAUGCACAUUUUAUUUUUCAUCAAUACAUAAUACUCCCUCCGUUCUCAAAAACACUUCCUCUUUCAUUUUUUCUACUUCCAACAAAACACUUUCCCUUUCUAUUAAAAAACCACUUUUACCCUUACUUUUUCAUACCCUACCUAUCACAUUAUACUUUUUCUCUAAUAAUCUAUCCAUCACAUCUUACUUUUACCCAUCACAUCAGGGGCAAAAUUGGAAAUCAACUAUACUUUAACACUUCCUUAUUUUUGCCUCGAAAUCAAAUGGGAAGGGUUUU